AUGUAUCUGAAUUGUAAUGUGUGUGUUUCAGGUGAAUCUCCUCCAGUGUCUCUGAUCAUCAAUCCCAGCAGAACUCAACACUUUACUGCUGACUCUCUCUCACUGAGCUGUGAGGACCAGAGUGACUCUACUGGAUGGACAGUGAGAAGAUACACACACAGUGAGACAGUGUCUGACUGUCCUUCCGUUUCAGGAUCUACAUGUAACAUCAGCUUCCUCUCUACAUCACACACUGGAGUUUACUGGUGUCAGUCUGAAUCUGGAGGACGCAGUAAUCCUGUCAACAUCACAGUGCACAAUGGUGAUGUGAUCCUGGACAGUCCUGUCCAUCCUGUGACUGAGGGACAUCCUCUGACUUUACAUUGUUUAUCUCGCAACUCAAAGACCUCAGAUUCUGGUGUUGAUUUCUAUAAAGAUGGUUCAGUCCUGCAGAACAAGACUACAGGAGAGAUGACCAUCAGUUCUGUCUCAAAGUCAGAUGAAGGUUUCUACCACUGUAAACACCCAGAGAGAGGAGAGUCACCCAAAAGCUGGGUUUCAGUCAGAGGUCGGUCACAUGCAGAAGCUCCAAUGUCAGUGCUCAGACUGAUCAGUAGUCUAGUGACGGUCUCUGUGUAUCUGCAGCUGACCAUCAUUCUGGCAGUGAAGUGUUACAGAGCUCGCGUUCAGACUGAGGAAGACAACACACAGAACGCUGUUAUAGAGGAGUGAACAAUGGUCAUCUAUAAAAAAAGAGGUUUUGUGAUUGUGAAAUAAUAUUGAUUUGUCACUUGAUAAAUUAUUUUCUCUACACUUUAGUUUUUCUGAAGCCUACACACCUCCUCAUGGGGUCACGGUGGAACUAAUUACAUUGUGUGAACUCAAUAUUAAGGCCUACAUGUUGCUAAUGUCAAAUUCCAAGUAUUGAAUAAAAGAAAAACAAAUAGUAAUAGUUAGUUUUUAUAAUUCGUGAGGCUUGUGCUGUGCUUCUCCAAAAUACCCAGACAAAAGUCACCCAACAUGGCUGUUGGGUGUGUUAUAAUUUUCCAUAUAGAUAUUUUUAAGUACUAACAUAAUCUUGGUUAUCAAUCUUGUUUAAUAUGUUUCAUUAUUAUAAUUGUAAUAAUAAUAAUAAUAAGAUUUUUUUUAUCAUCAUCAUCAUCAUUAUUGUUAUUGUUGUUAUUUUUAUUGUUAUUAUUACAUGUUUAUCCAUCCAUCCAUCCAUUUUUGAUACUGCUUAUCCUACAGGGUCGUGGGGAACCUCGAGCCUAUCCCAGGAAGCAUGGGGCACAAGGCGGGUACACCCUGGAUGGGGUUAUUAUAUGUUUGUUUUAUUAAAAAGUUAUUAAAAAGAUUUGUUUAUCAA